UCAUAUCACAUAUGUCGCUGUCAGCCAAUCUUUUGCAAUCGUUACUUCGAUUUGUUUAAUAGAUUUAAUUAAUUCAAUACUGAUAUAAUAUAUAACUAUGUUGUUUUUAUUCUAAAUUAAAAAGUUUACUUAAUGAUUUUCUAAUUUCGUCGGAAAAACGUUUAAUCAUGACUAGAAAAAAAUGUUAAAAUUGGAAGUGCUGUUUUUUAUUGUAAUCUUAUCUUAUUGAUUAGAAAAUCAGUAUUUGUGUUUUAUAAUUGAGUGUUAUAUUUAGUUAAAGUGAUGGUGUAAAAACACAAACGAAAUGUCUGAAUUGAUAUGUAGCAGCGAAAAUGAAGUUUAUCCACUUCACGAAUGUGUUUUUAUGGGAGACGUGCGAAAAUUGUCGUCUUUACUAAGGUUCAAUGAUGUGACAAGAAAAGAUAAACAUGGAAACACAGCACUGCACCUUGCUGUUAUGCUAGGUCGCAAAGAAUGCGUGCAACUUUUGUUAGCUCAUGGUGCGCCGGUAAAGGUUAAAAACCUUGCAGGAUGGUCCCCUCUUGCAGAGGCCAUCAGCUAUGGCGAUCGCCAAACUAUAUCCUCUCUGGUACGCAAACUGAAACAGCAAGCUCGUGAACAGAUGGAAGUCAGAAGACCAGAUCUUAUAAGGGCUUUGUCACAAAUACAGAACUUUUAUAUGGAAUUAAAAUGGGACUUUCAUUCUUGGGUACCGCUUGUGUCCAGAAUAUUGCCAUCUGAUGUAUGCAAAAUUUACAAAUCGGGUUCUGGUAUUAGAUUGGAUACAACACUAGUAGACUUUACUGAUAUGAAAUGGGAAAGAGGGGAUGUGUCAUUUAUUUUUAAAGGUGAUAAACCUCCAAGUCAGUCACUAACAGUUCUGGAUAACAAGGUCAAAGUGUACCAACAUGUCCGCUAUGAGGAAACAGAAAAUGAAAUAGAGGAUGAAGUGGACUUGCUUAUGUCAAGUGAUAUACUUGCUGCACAAAUGUCAACCAAAGGCAUCUCAUUUUCUAGAGCUCAGUCGGGUUGGAUCUUUCGUGAGGACAGGAAGGAGACUGUUGCUGGCUUAUAUAAAAGUAAUAUUUACACUAUUUCAGGCCUCGUUUUAGAGUCACGAAAGAGAAGAGAACAUUUAUCAACUGAUGAUUUGCAAAAAAAUAAAGCAAUUAUAGAAAGUUUAACUAAGGGUAACACACAAAACUUGGACACCAAUGGUGAGCCAGUGAGAAGAGCAUCUCUGAACCCCCCGCCUGAGAGUAGCAUUGACUGGGAAACAUACAUAUCAUCAUCCCCUGGAGAGUACCCCGGUCUAGGAAGGGAGCUUGUGUACAAAGAAUCAUCCAGGAAUUUCCGAGCCACAAUUGCUAUGAGCGAUGAUUUUCCUCUGAGUGUUGAUAUGCUGCUAAAUGUGCUUGAAGUCAUAGCACCUUUUAAACACUUUGCAAAAUUACGUCAAUUUGUAGCAAUGAAACUGCCAAAGGGUUUUCCAGUCAAAAUAGACAUACCCAUCCUCCCAACUGUAACUGCAAAAAUUACAUUUCAAAAAUUUGAAUUUCGUGAUAAUAUUCCGGAUGAGUUGUUUGUGAUACCUGAAGACUAUGUAGAAGAUCCAUUACGUUUCCCUGAUUUAUGACGCUUUGAUAUUCUAAUGCUGUUUCAAAUUAGUGAAAGACCAAUUUGGCAAAGUGAAGUGAAAUGUCGUUGUGCAUGUUGCGCUAAGGGUAAUGAGCACACCAGGGCUAGACAUGGUCUUCUCACUAUUGAGAUUCCCAUGUUAUUUGGCCUCGGUAGUUCUUAUUCCAGCCACUACAUCAUCCUUGUCGAGUAGCUAAAUUUUAGUAUAAAUUUGUAAAUUUAAUAGCAUGUUGUUUUAUUGUGUUAGAGUAAAGUAGGUAAUUUAAAACUAUUAGUUUAUUUAUUUCUUUUAUAAAGACUAAAAAAAAAUUAAAUAACAAAAUGUGUGGUUUGUAUUAAAUUGAUGUUUAAGUGUGUAUGUAUAUUUUGUGACUGUAAUUUAUGUGUGAGCAAAUAAUUCUGUGUAUAUUUUCAUAUUUUUCUUUGAAAACUUCCAAGUAAUUUUCUUGACUUUAAGUAUUUUUUUUUUUAUUAUAUCUUAAAUUUACUGGAUUAAAUGAUUUUAAUUUAAUUUUCUAUCAAUUAAUUUAUAUUUAGGCAUUCUAUUUAUAUGUGAUUUUAUUUAUCAAAGCAUGUAAAGAUAGUUAAAUUUAGAACACAUGGUGUCGCCCCAAUUUCAAAUGGCCCUAAUUUGUUGCAAUUUACUUAUGUUGGCCUAUUAGUCACAUGUAUAAGGAGUACAUUAUGCAAAACUUUCUGUAAUAUUUAUGCACUACGUACUAUUGGAUACAAAGAUAGUUACUUUUGAUGUGAAUAUUGAAUGUCAUGACAACGUGGUAUAAUUAGAUACAGUAGGUUAUAUAAUAUCAGUAGUAUAACUUCUUAGUAUUAGCAUCCUUAAUGGGUUUCCAAACUUUUAACCCAGACAUUUCAAAGUCCUUGUGCCUUCAGAAUAUAUCUGUAGGGUAUUUACACACGAAAUACAACUUUGGAGAUGGUAACAUUUUUAGGACAUUCCCCUUUUAGAAUAUAUCUGUAGAUACAUUUAUACGUUUAAUGUGAGUGUCUAUGAUAAAAUUUACACAUAUAAUCAAAUGCAUCUUAAUGAUUUGACAAUAAUUAUGUUCCCUACCAACAAAUGUAUUAUUCUUUGUUGCUCAUAAAAGAAAUUUGUGUUUAGAAGAUAACAUUUCAUGUAUUGUGAAUCCAUUGGUUUUAAGAAUUUUGGAAUGUUUAAAUAAAUUGUAAUAAACAA